AUGCCGCCCCCCGCCAAGGCGGCGCAGGCGCUUGCGUUAGGAGGGCCGGACGAACGGCCAUUCUCGGGAACAGCCAGAGAACUACAUUUCCCGAGAGGCCUUGCGCCGCGCAUGCGUCGUCUAGACCCAGGAAACCCGCCCACCUGGUCCUUGCUCCCUAUUGGCCGGAUUAAAGGGGACUCGCCUUCGGGAUUGAGCCAAGGCAGCAUGUACAAGUUGGACCUGCCUGUUGACCCCAAAGAGACUGCAGCCAUCGAGCGCAGGAAGAACGCAGAGGCCCAGCGCCAGAGCCGCAUUUUCAAUGCCAGGCACAGAACCAUCGGGGUGGAUAUCCCGUUCCUGGAUCAGCAAGUCCUGGAUAAGAAGACAAGAGAAGACAGGGAACGUCUGCGGGACAACGCUUACGAUACAGACAGUCUCCGUUAUGACAAGGCAGCCCAGCUCCUUGAGGCACAGGAACAGGAGAGGGUCCGCCAGCUGAACAAGGAGGUGGAAGAGUUCCGCUCCCGGUACCAGAGGCCAGAGGACCAGCGGGAGUUCGACCUGUGGGACCCGCAGCAGCUGAAGAAGGACAAGCCAGCCCGGGUCAGCGAUGAUGACCCCCGCUGCGGACCCUCCAGCUUGCAGAAGUUCGAGGGUGAGGACCUCAACGAGAAGGCCCGCAGGAAGCUGCAGCAGCAGGAAGCACGCAAGUGGCUGACAGCACAGAAACUGGAGAGGCAGAGGCUGGAACGUGACCAGAAGUUCGCCGAUGACCUGUACCACAAGAAGGAGAUGGAACUAGACCAGAGAGCCACGGAGCUUGCCCAGAUGGAGGAAGAGGCACGCAGAGCCCUCGCUGCUGCCACCCUCAACUACAACAUGGCGCUGGCAGCUGAGCAGGCAGCAGUGAGGGAGGUGGAGGCUCAGCGAGAGAUGGAUGAGAAGUUUGCCGAGAUGGGGAACCACGUGUAUGGGGACAUCCUGACGGAGAACCCCGAGGUGGCUGUCAGCGCCUUCGGCCCCCACCGCGUGGUGACAGACCGGUGGAAAGGGAUGAGCCCACAGCAACUGGAGGAGAUCCGCCGACAACAGAAGCAGCAGAUCGAGGAGAAUAAGAAGCUGAGGAUGAGAGAGGCGCAGAUCGACGCUGAGUGGGACCAGCAGCGGACACUGGCAGCACGGGCAGCCAUGGCAUUGGAGCAGCAGGAAGAGGAGGGGGCCAAGCGACUGAGACAGGAGCUGGACAGAUACAACAAUCAGCUGGCCAAGGAGCAACUUGCACAUCAAGUCUACCUGGACGAGGAGGUUUACACAAACCCGCCCACUGCUCAGUACUUCCUGCAGUUUAACACAUCCAGCCGUUGAUAAGACAACGCAGCAUCGCACUGCAGGUAGCGGUGAUGCCAUGAUGGGAUACUGGCGCUGACA